AUGAACAACAACAACAAUUCUUCAUCCCUUUCUCAUCAUCGUAACCCCAAAAACAACAAUCAUCAUCAUCAUGAUCAAUGUCACAAACCCACUGUUCACAAAUGUGAGUUUUGUCACAAAGUAUUCCCCACUGGUCAAGCACUCAGCGGUCACAAGACCUGUCAUCGUUCCAACAAACAGAUACAUGAUGAUCAUGUUAAUAAGGUUUAUAAAACUAUGAAGGUCACUUUCUCUUUAUCUUGUUCUCCAAGUAAUCAUAAUAGUGAUGUUGAUGCCAAACAGAAAAGGCAUUCAUGGACUAGGGUUUUCAAGACUACCGUUCAUCAUCCACCUACUGCAUCAACCUUGAAACCUAGCCAACAAGAAGAAUUACCAGCUGUUGACUUGCUAAGUUUUCUGCCACCAAGGUUGUAUAAUACCAAGAAAAGGAGCAGGAGAUAUCUUGUUCAUGAUGGAGUCGCUAAUAAUACUGCUCCAAUAUUGCCGCUGUUGGAUAUGUCUUGCGAAUCGAUUCCAAAUCUUGAUUUGAAUCAUCGUGAGUAUAAAAGGAUGAAACUCUCAAUCAAUGGGAAUGAUACUGAGAUGAUGCAGAAACAAGAUUUGUUGCCAACAAGUGGUCGUAUUGAUGAAACGGUGGUGAACAUGAGUGAAUGUGAAAUAAAUAUAGAAUCACUUCAUGAAUUGGGGUCAAGAGUUAUUCGAAACUUUGAUUUGAACGAUCUCCCGACUAAUGAUGUUGAAACUGUGGUGUCAAGAGUUGUUCGAAACUUUGAUUUGAACGACCUCCCUCGCUUUCCUUUGAUUCUGGGAUUAGUUAUUAAAGAUAUACUUCACUUGAAAAAUGAAUGA